GUCCCUCGCUCCAUCAAUUUCUUCAACCUAACAAAUGGAAAACUCAUCAAUAGAGUUGGAUCCAUCUCUCAAACUUGCUAUAGCGAUGGCCCUAGCUCAUUCCAGGCGCCGGCAGGGACUUCCUCCCUCCGCCGCUACUACCUCUGCUCACCACGACGAUUCUCGAGCCAAAUCCGGUGACAAUUCAGAGGCUGAUGCGAUCAAAUGGAAAAAUAAGGCCAAACAGAGGAAAGGAGAAAUUCUUAAGCUGAAAGAAGAUCUGAAGAUUGCGGAAGAAGGGAUGCAACAUGAUCUAUUUCCCCAAAAUAUUUCGUGCAAAUGCUAUUUCUAUGAUAACUUGGGGCAGCUAAGUCCUAGUCACGGAUCCUACCAGGACAGAAUUAAUGAUGUGUUUCACCGUAGAUUUCUAAGACAAGUGAGAUUAGCUGAGAGGAAGAAGAGAAGACAUAAUGGCUUGGUGGUGCAAUCUUAUGUAUCAGAUAGUGCUGCUGAAAAUGAAUUGGAGCAAUUGAAAGCUUCAGUUGAUUUUCUUGUGGAGCUUUGUGAGACUUCCUCUCCUACGGGAGCAGAGGAAUCUAAUUUCAAAAAUUGGUCGCACCAGGCUGCUGACUUUAUUCUUGCUGCAUUGAAGGAUCUGUCACUUGGGGAAAAGUUGGACGAAACCACUAAAAGCAUUGUGAGUUGUUUGAUCAUGCGGCUGAUGCAAAUGAUGUGCAAUGGAUCACAAAAUGAUGAAUCGGUUCCAUAUAGUUUCAGGAUAUAUAUUCAACAUUUGAUGCGAAAACUUGGAAGCGACCCCUAUAUCGGUCAACACCUUGUUCUUGCAGUUUCUCUGAGGAUUUCUAUGGCUGCGGAAAGUUUACUCUUUAUGGAUCCAUUUGACAAUGCCUUUCCGAAAAUGCACAGUUCCAUUUACCUUAUGAUUCAGCUAAUCGAGUUUCUGAUUUCAGACUACUUACUUUCUUGGUCAACCAGGAGAGACUUGGAUUCAAAGCUUCUAGAAGACUGGGUGAUAUCCGUUUUUCGUGCUGGAAAAGCUUUGGAGCUCUUGGAGAAUAGGAAUGCAGUAUACACUCUAUACAUGGAUCGCGUGACUGGAGAGCUCACCAGACUUCUCGGUCGGGACCCCUUCCCGCAGAUGCUCAAACCAGACACUCUUGCUAGAUUGUUUGGUUGACGAGAGAAAAGAGGCCUGCUGCUGAGGUCGAGGAAGAUGGUUGUUGUAAACAAGAGGAGGGUUCGCGCCACCAUCCCACGUGGUGGCGCCUGUGGAAGCUCCACGUUUCGCGCCAGCCCGUCUCUUCUGCUUCAGAUUUGUUUUGUUCUCGUUUUCUCUAUGUCUUUUGCUCUUUUCUCUUUUUAGGAAGAUAUACUACAUAUAUGUGGAUCUUGAAUUGUCGUUGAUAUCAGUUUGGUUUUACUGUCAAAUUUUGGUUUGUUGCAAUAGCCGUUUAUUUUGUGGUUUUCCUAUUUUGAUUUCUUCACUUCAACUUUUAAAUACUAUUAUUUUUAAUUUUAAACAAAAGACAUUAUUUCAUAUAUAAAUGGGACAAUUGAAAAAAGUCAAAUUUUGUGGCUGUCCUAAUGAGACUAUUGCACAAAUGAAUAAAUGAUACUAUAAUCUCUUAAUUCACUGGAUAAUAAACUAUACUCCUAUUAAUAAAGGUUCAAAUACAUAAUUUAACUUAUUCCUUUUAGAUGACGGAUUUUCCUCAUUCUCUAAUUUGAUUCUUCCUUCAUCAAGUAUUGGCAACCAAUUAAAUAUGAACAUAUUGAUAUUCGACAUACAUAGUCUUCAUUCAUAUCUAUGUUUGUUCGAAUAGUUAAGAUGAUGGUCAUGGCAUUCAGUGCAACAUUUCUUGUGGUAAUGAGUGAAGAUGCGUUUGCUUUCACCAACUCCAAUUGAUUUUCUCCACCUUGGUUUAGUAAUUACUAGCAGUAGACUAAUUUGUUUACUUUAACAAGCUUUUAUUCUCAUGCAUUUUAAAGUAGGUAACAUGGCAAGUGCUACAAUAGCAUGUGUCCUUUAUUCUUCAUCCAACAUUCAUCACUUUUCCUUUUUUCUAUAUAUAUCAAUAGCAAUAGCAAUAGUAGCAACCAUUCAAGAACAUGAAGGUGCAAUCACUUUUGUUCAUCUUCUUCUUAGCCAUUGCUUUGAUGGUAUGCAUUUCCACUGAAACAGGUAUAUAUGCUCUUCGUUAUUUCCUCAGUUUCGUCUGAUAGAAAUCUAUUAGUUCCAUACUAAAACCAAUUGGUGAUAGCAUGAGGAGCCCAUGAGACUUAUAUAGUGAUUUCAUUUCUCUUAUUACACUAAUGUGUGACGAGUUAUAAUUUAGUACUACUAUAUUUUUUAGUUUCAAUUGCUAACACCGUCUCCGUUGCUAACUGCUUUAGUCAGAUGUGGAUGUGAAACCGAUUCCAGAAACGGGAAACAGCAGACGAGCGCGGAAGCUGUUGUUCAUGAUCGCAGAGGAGCUAACGGAGGCUCGGAUCUUACAACAAAGCCUUCGCAAACCAGGAGUAUUGGAGCCGCUAAUUUACCUGUUAUGAGUUUCUGUGUUUCUAUGUUUUUGACUAGCUUCUUUAUGCUUCAAAUUUGACUCUCAUCUUCUUCUGUUUGUUAUCUCAGCUUGUAAAUGACUGAUUCACUCUUUACCCGAAUCAAAUCAGAGCAUAAAUUUGUGUGAAA